AUGCAGCGAUCCAGGGCAAAUGCUUCCUCUGCGGAACGAACAUCGAAGCGUACUACUAAGGUGCCCGUUUCUGAGCGAGCCUAUCGCUACCGCAAGGAGGCAGCAACCUUGUCUUUGCAGCGUCGACUUGAACAUCUGCAGACACAGAUUCAGAACCUAAAUCGGAUGUUCCAAGCGUACAACCAUCAAAUUGAAAGGUCCGGUAUAUUAUCUUUUGAUCCGGCUGUCGAACAGAAGCUGCAACAAUUACGCAAGCAGUUUCUUGCAAUUUCUGCUGCUGCAAAUUCAAGUAACAAGGGCAGCAGUGCAAUUCAAUUAGAUGACAUUGCAUCAACUAUGACCCAAGUGAGGAAACAGCGGAAGCACUCGCAGCAGUUAGAAGAUGAUCUUGAGUCGGCCACAUCAAGACCAGUCAAUGGUGGUCUCCAUCGAGCUCGUCCGAUCCCCUCGUUUAACAGUGCCUACCGCCAAGAAGACAAUCCACAAGGUAAAACAUCAGCCCAAAGUUAUUCGUCCUUACCAACACCUACCCUGCAUAUUGUCAACCGUUUAGAAUCAGUGCCAUGCGCGGUAGAUGACAGUACUUUCCUUAAUAUUCUGUGCCGCUCGCAUCUUGUAUCUUCUUCCACUGCCCCUUUCCGCGAGACGUCUUUUGAACGCCUGUUGCAUCGAGCCUGUCUGAAAAACGGAUAUAAUUUGUUGGUAGAUCCGACCUCCGAUCCAGACAAUGUGAGCCGGGUGUUCAGGCUCCCAUUGACUCUGUCCACCACGGAUUCCAUAGUUCAACAGGUGAAAGGUCUUCUGGAAGGUGGCUUAGACGAAGCCCUAGAGCUAUGGGGGUAUGCCUUUCUUCUUGCUAGGGGGCGCGGGGACUCACUAUCCUCGAAGGGAUCACGCAGGAAAACCUAUCCUUCCUCCAAAUGCCUUGCCGAGCCACAGUCCUUCCAGAGCGACCAUGACCUUCUGGCCGAUCUUGGCCUCAAUGGGGAGUGGCUUGAUUCACAUGAUGUGGAAGGUUAUCUCAAGGAGAAAGGUCUCUCCUUGAUGCGGAUACUGCAUUUUGCAGAGUUCCCCCACGUGGUUCCUCAACAGCAUUCCGGCCUUCCAACAUAA